AGAUCCGCGUUUACCCCUUCCUUUCUGGUCGACGCCUCUGCAUCCUGGCUCGGUCGGCGGCGUGCGUGUUGAACCGUGUGUUUCCCGGUGGGGUGUACUGCGUGACCGAGCGGCUCGCUAGCAGGCGGCUGGGGACACCGCGCCAUCGAGUGAUGAGUAAUUAGGUUCCAGUUGCGAUGCAGAUAACGAUCGAACGAACCUCUCAGCGGCGUGCCGAGAGACUGCUUCCAUCCAUGUGCUUAUGCUGCUUCUCUACGGGAUCCUGCUGUUGGUGGUGGGCAGUUGAAACCGGCGCCUUGCCAGGAGCUACUCUGCACACAGUGUCCGCGCUAUCCAGAGAGUCCAUCGACGCGUGAUCUUAGCAUAAAAGUGUGAACAUGAUUCAGUGAAACCAAAGUCCAAAGCCACCAUCAUCGCUACGUUAUAUACAAUGCUCUGCCAGUAUGCACUUCACACUAGUGCAUGAAAAAAAAAACCAAAACCAUCGCAAAUGCACAUGCAUCCUUAGCCGAAGUGUACAGUGAUUUGAAGUAUUGUUUGUGUUCGAUUAAUUAGAGGUUGCGUUAGGGGUUGCCCCUACGCCGUGAGCUGCGGAUGCACCCACAAAAGUGGUUAUCGGUCACCGCACACUGAACUGAUUUGUGAUUGUGAUGAUUGUGAUGCGUCCCUGUGCACAUGUGCAAUAAUUGAACGCAGGUGACGAUCGAAAGAAUGUAAAUUAUUUUAAGUGUAAGUUUUGCCACAUAACGCCUCAGUGUUUAAAAGAGAUAAAUGUUGUCAAUACCGAAAUCGUCCUCGGUCGGAAGUACAAUUGUGAAGAUUGGAAGUUGAUCGGCACCGCAAACUUGCAACAACGUUCAUCUUUAUUGCUGCUGCUGAACGUGGUCUUAAGGCCAAUCCGAUGCCAACAGGGCACACUUCAGGACGAAAGAAAGCUGCUCUUCAUCCUUCGAUAGUCGUUACUUAACGCAGCAUUACUACCGUUGAAUCGUAACGGAGCGCGCUUGGGACUGUCGUUCUUUAGUAGGUCAAGAUGAGCCGAAGUAAGAUCUAUCUGCUAAAACUAGCAAUAUUUCAACAUUGUUUUGUAUACAUAACACUCGCCGUGCUGGCAGCAAGUUUGACCAGCACAAAUGAAACCGACUACCUACUGAUCGCACGAUGUCGAUCAAAUUGUACUUACGACAAACAGUGCCACAACAAGUGUUUGCGUAACUAUUUGGAGAAUUCGGCUUACAAAAAGUAUGGCGACUGCCCUCCAAACCCUCCAAGCACUCUGGAUACUCUAUGUCUUAACACGUGCGAUGGGUUAGACUAUAAGUGUCCUGGAGUGGAGAAGUGUUGCGCGCAUUCCUGUGGGCAAAGCUGUCAAACCCCACACGAUUUGGAUAAGGUCAAAGGGUUGCCACCAAUACCCGUACACGUGCUGCUGCUGGAAAAGGGAAAAAACUAUCGUGCCGCCCAAAUCAGUUGGGACAUGAAGAUGGAGGAAGAAAAUAGUCCCACAUACUACGUCGUCGAAUCGAGAUUCCACAUCGGUACGUCAUACGCAGAGCAUAAAAUGGAAAACGACUGGCAACUUCACAGACCUGGCAGCUUCAUCCAGGAAACCCUAGGAAACCUGAAACGCUACAUCGGUGAUCUCAAACUCAAGCCAGGCCGCUGGUAUCAGGUGCGCGUCGCAGCUGUCAAUGCCAUGGGAACCCGUGGAUACUCGUUACAUUCAAGGCAUUUCCAGCUUAGUAAAAAACCCAACCCCCCUCAAGCUCCAAAAAAUUUUAUAAUCGGGCCGCUUAUAUUGAACGAAAACCGCACGUACAACUGCCACGUGUCCUGGAGCCUCUCGCGGUCUGAUCUGCCGGUGGAGAAGUAUAAGCUGAGCUGGAGCGUUUAUCUGAACGCUACAGACAACCGAUCCAGAACAGACAAUUCGUCGCUUUUCAAAGAAACGGCUACCAUAUCCGCGCCGGCUCGAUACUAUGACAUUCAAGGAUUGUUGCCCAACCGUUACUACUAUUUGCAAAUACAAGCCAUCAGCGUUUAUGGAAAACGUCGUCUUAAGUCACCCGCUAGCACGCAACUUAUGAACACUACCACACCUUCCGACGGGGACUUGGAUAACUUGCUAAUGGGCGACGCUGGCUACAAGCGACCAAAGCCUUCACACAGUCUCAAGGACGGCACAUUAAUGGCACCAAUCACUGGCGGUUCCAGAAACCUUGCGACAGGUUCAACGAUACGGUAUCAGUUCGCAGUACGCAAAUCGGGCCUUGCAGUACGCUUAACGUGGUCUGAAAAAGGUUAUGGCCGCUAUCGAGUACACAUAUGCCGCGGGAAUCGAGAAUGUCUAACAACCCGAAGUGCCAUUGCCGGCAGUCGCAGUAAUUUGCGAUCCAUCAACAAUCAAUGGCACGAUGCUGUGCUGCGCCGUAACUCUUAUGAAUUCAGCAGACUCGACUACAAUACACACUACACUGUGGGCGUUCGAAUAGGACACCGGCGAGGCCCCGGUUACGACAUUGUACGCACGUUUGCCACACCGAAAUGUGAGCGGUUUCAAGGGCAAGAUUCGACCAAUGUGAAACCAAACAUUCAGUCGAUGGAAUGCAACAUGUCUUAAUAAGAACGAGCUGUUUGUAGAAAGCUUCAGUUGUGGUUAAUUAUGCUUUAUGAAGCUAAUGAAAAAAGGAAAGACUUUUUCUACAGCUAAUGCGAAACGAGAGUGAAAGGAGUAAAGCUAAAGAGACAAGAAAGAAAUAGAGCAGAAGUUAUAGUUGCAUGCUAAUGUUACAUCUAAAGUUUCUCAGAUGUUCUAAUCGUGUAAUGUUUCCGUAUUGCCACGCGAUUUUUCGUAGAACAAUUUGAACCGAAAUGGUUAAACGAGAUAUUCAUAGUUACAAAUAUUUAAAUCUGGUUGUGUAUUACUUGACCCGAGUCAAACUGAGCCGAAUUUAUAAAACAGAAAUACUUGCCUCGUGCGUUCCAUCGAUAAAAUAAACGCCGAACGCGGAACGGUCACAUUUCAAAUCCCCUCCCAAGAGACAAAUGAAAUAUUUCGCACCGUUUGAGUCGACCGCACAUUUAUAAUUAAACUUUCUAUCAAUAGAGGGCACUUUUCACACGAAUUGAAAUUCAGGUACAGUAUGUGACAAAAGUUUGUAUGACUUUAAAAAAGUAGUUCCACAACUUUCAAAGAAUCUAAGAAAAUGAAAGAAGGUGAAACUUUAAAAAUUUGUUUGUCCUAAAUAUUCCACGUAGCACAACAUGCCAAGAUAGAAAGAAACGUGGUUGAAAAAUAUUAGGAACUUGCCAGGAACUCACGUAUUUCCAUUUCCAACAGUGGUAUGUUCUUUAGUGAUUGUAAAUUACUUGUUGACGGAGUUUUCGUUAGAUAAAAGCGCGAGAGCUCGCCUCAAAUUUUAACCUCGAUCGUUUUCGAGCUAGCAGUGUAGUUCUACUGGAAGUUCAAUUUGCGGUAGAAAGUGAACGAAUGAUGACGAUCGUGGGCCGUAGAACCGUAUGAUUAAGAAAGAACCGGGGUAGAUAAACUAUGGGUUGACCAGUAGAAAUCAGUGGCGAGUUUUAUUUUCCAACAAUUAAUAAUUAUAUAAUAUUUGUCUUAGACAAUUUAACAAGAUUCACACAUUCUAUCCACUACGAUAGAAUAUCUAACAAUGAUAUUCUGUGUAGGAUUGUGAAAACACUCUUCGCUAGGUGAGUAUUUAACGACGUAAGUUGUCUAUGCAAUUUCGUUUUAAAAAUGCUGCUACUAUUUUGUUAAAUUCGUCCGCAUAGCGAAGAUGUAUAUUAUGCUUUCCAUCGGGAAACACGUGCAAGCUGUGUAAUGGAAUCGAAUGUUGGAAUAAACUAAAAUAAAAAUGAUC